AUGGUCUACUGCGGCAAGCCCUCCAAGGGCUGCUCCAACUGCCGCGAGCGCAAGAUCCGGUGCGAUCAGAAGGACCCCGGCUGCGGCCAGUGCACCAAGCGCCAGAUCGAAUGCCCGGGCUAUCGCAACAUCGUCGAUCUCAUGUUCCGCGACGAGAGCAACCAUGUGAUCAAAAAGGCCACCGCCGCGAGGCCGCGCAUCAAGAAGCUGAAACAGGGCGUCCGGGCCGCUCCGAGGCUAGGCGCGGCGCCUCUUGAACCGCCACCGCUGCCGCUGUCGCCGCCAUCGCCAUCGCCAUCGCCGUCGGCAUCAUCAUCCUCAUCAUCAUCGUCGUCGUCGUUGUUGUCGUCGUCCGGCGCCCUGGUGCUGCGCGACACCCAGCGGCCGUCAAGCACGCUGAGCUCGUUCAAGUCCCGGCCCGCCAAGUCGUCACCGCUGCUGUCGGACACCGACCUGGUGCACAUCCCUUAUGCGCCGUCCAUCUCUCUCCAGGAGCGCGGCACUGCCUUCUUCUUCUCGCGCUAUGUCGCCACCGACCAUGGCUGCUACCAGAACUACGACUUCAUCUACGACAUCUGGAAGCCGCCCAGCAUGAGGCGGCCCAAGGGGCGCGGCGCCGCUCCGCUCAAGAGAACAGACGCCCUCAUCUCCGCCGGCAUGACCGCCGUCGGGCUGGUUGGCCUCUCCAAGAUCACGGGUGACCGGGAGACAAUGGUGCGAGCCCAGCAGAGCUACGGCACCGCUCUGCAGCUGGCCAACGCUGCCCUCCGGAACCCGGGCGAGGCCGUCGAGGACAGCACCAUGCUCGGCGUCCUCAUCCUCGGCACCUACGAGUUCAUCUCGGGACACACCCCGCAGACGUUGCACGCCUGGCAGGAACACAUCAACGGCGCCGCCACGCUGGCCACCAUGCGCGGGAAAGCUCAGUUCCAGACAAAGGCCGGCGUCAGGAUGUUCCUCAUGCUGUGCCAUUCCGUCCUCAUCAGCUGCAUCCAGAGCGGCCUGCCCAUGCCCAAGUCCAUUGUCGACCUGCGCAACGAGCUGCGGCAUGUCACGGACAGCAAGCGGCCGGCAUGGCGUGUCAUCGACCCUCUGUACAGGGCCCUUCAGAUCCGCCACGACAUCAAGCACAGGCGCAUCACCGGCGUGGACGAAAUCGUCGGCAGCCUGGUCGAGAUUGAGGACGACUUUGAGAAGCUCAUCAACGAGCUGCCGCCGUCGUGGCGCUACCAGAACGUCAAGCUGACCAAGUCGAAUCCCGCCAUCAUGGGCCGUACGUGCCACGUCUAUCCCGGCCUGACCCAGGCCACGGCUUGGAACGCUGUGCGCACCAUGCGGAUGCUCGUCCAGGAGACGAUCCUGGAGCAGCUGUGCCACAGCGUCGACGACCCGACGACCCUCCCCAUGCACCACCAGCUGCUGCUGGUCAAGGCCAUGAGGAUGCUGCGCAUGCUCGGCGAGGCUGUCGUCGGGAGCGUCCCCCAGCACUUUGGCAUCGUGAGCUCCCGAGACAUCAAGUACAGCAAGGCCAAGGGGGAGCAGCCGACGGUGACGGCCCGGAACCAGUCGUCGACGCUGCUGACGGCGCCCCUCCUGCCGCCGCAAGCCUCUGACAGAGACGAGAGCAAGUCCCCUGUCCCCGCCUGGCCGCGGGAGAGCGUGGCCACGCGGCCGACGCUGCUCGACCCCACGCAGUCGGAGCUGGGCAACGGGCGAGGCUGCGACUCGGAGAGGUUCCUGACCCUGGCCACGGCGAGCAACACCAUCAUCUGGCCGCUCUACACGCUGGGCCUGUCGUCAUCGUGCACGCACGAGAUGAGCGCCUACAUUGUCGACAGGCUCAUGACCAUUUACCGGGAGACGGGGCUGGAGCAGGCCAGGGUGGUGGCGGGCAUGAUGCAGAACAAGGUCGAGACGUUGACGUGGGCUAGCAUCCCGACAACUCGGCUGCCGUCGUUGCCGGACGAUGCCUUGCCGCUUGUUGUGUAG